AUCCCUUACUUUGGUUUCAUUGAAGAAAUUUGGGAGCUUAACUAUGUCAAAUUCACUGUCUGUGUUUUCAAAUGUAAGUGGGUUGACAGUAAUACCGGUGUGCGGACCGAUGAUGUGGGAUUUACGUUGGUGGAUCUUAACAAACUCGCAUACCAGAAUGAUCCUUUCAUUAUGGCAGAACAAGCGAAACAAGUAUUUUAUGUCGAAGACCCUUGUGAUCAAAGGUGGUCAGUGGUUUUACAUGGAAAAACAAUAGGUGUCAAUGUUGAAGAUGAUUAUUCAUACAUUGAUACUUAUGUUAGUCCUUUGUCCACACAAUUGUCACCUAAUGUCAUCGGAGAAGAAACUGACGAUGUUCAUGCUAAUCGUAAUGAUCACGAUGAAGGAGAAUUAAUUAACAUCGUCUAAAUGUGUUCUUCACAGGAUGCGCUUGAGGAGCAGGCCUCACAGGGUUCCUUUGUUACCCAUGGACGUCAUGAUAUACUGACUGCUGCCAUUGGGCGACCAGAACACCCUGGUCGUGUGCGUGCUGUAGGAGCCGGUAUAACCAUCAAACAAUACUUUGGAUCAGCUUCAAGGACCUCCUCCAUUGCUCCCGAAUACCUGCAACAGUUGACGCAACAAAUCAAGGACCAACUAGAGGAUUCAAUCACAGAAAAAGUCACUCGACGGCUAAUGUUAUCCUUCAGCCAAAUGCAAUCACAGGGACUCGCACUGCCUCCUGAACCUGAUGUUGGUCCUUCAGCUGCUCGUGUCAGCACAAAGGAGAGUUGUGUUGAUCCCUCAGGGAACGAUCUAGACACCGGUGACUCAUACAAAUGUGGGUUGUAUAUUGAAGAAUAUCCUUCUCGCCUGGUUGCCCUGGGAAGAGUUUAUGAGGGAUCUACAACAAUUCACAACAUUCCUUUGCUGCAUGAUCAAGUUAAGGUUAGUGUUGAGGAGAUUAGAGAUGUAGAUGCUCCCAUUCCUGUACCCACUAAAGAGGUUAAGGUCGUGGGACAGGCUCUUAACACAUUCCUUGCUUGGCCGACACAUCUAGUCAAGCGUUUAUCAGAACAGGGAGCUGUGAGACCCGCGAAACCUGCAGAUAGGCCGGAUGAUGAGGUCGAUGAUCCGCUAUAUCUAAUGACAUUGACCAUUCCACAGCUUUUUCUGAAGCCAUUGCAGGUUAUGUGGGAUGCUACCUUGUUUGGCCUAUUUAAUGAAAACUUUCCCUUGUACAUAAAGCAUGAAGAUCUGUCUGAAAUUGCACAUGGUGGUCAAUGUCUCAGCAUAUCUGUUAUACAGUUGUGGAUUCUGCAUAUGACUGAGACAAGUAUGCGAGCUGGGAAUAUCGAUGUGUAUGGAUUCCUCGAGCCACAUAUUGUGUAG